AUGUCUGCGAAGCAAGGUGACCUGGACAUAGGAACACCGACCGACCCAUCGAACGACCGACAUCGCUCUCAAUCUAACUCGUCGAUGAACUUGGUCGCAGGCAAACGACGACGCUGCGAGUUUGAAGACUCGGUAUCUCGUCCGGAGCCAUCAACGAAACGACGACUUCUUGAUCGCUCUCCGCCCCUUCUGCCCGUCCACGCAAGUCCAAGCACAAGUCAAAUCGCAGUCGCGGAACAGCUUCCCUCACCUAAAGUCACUAAUUCAUCCAAGGGCGAUCAGCAACUUAGUGAAUUUCAUUCGAACCCACCGCUGUCCCAGAGUCCUCCGACCGAACUUCGUGGCGUUGCGAAUCCAACCUCCGAAGAACCAUGUACAUUUCUUGAAAGUGAAACUCAAGAUUGGCAAAUCCGUAGAUGGGUUUUAGCAACUGAAGGGUCGGAAGAGAACGACCCGCAGCCUCCGCCGAUUGAACCAUAUCCUGAAGAACUGGGAGGGAUGCCGUCGGCGAAACGCAAAUCUUCUCAAGAAUCAUUGGGGCCUACUUCGUCGUACGGCGAGGACCCGGAGAGUAUCGCUUCUACCGACGCGAGAUCCAAUUUCUACAGCAGUCCUGCUUUUCCCACCCUGAUAGCGCAACAUGGAAUUUAUAUGGACGACUCCCCGAGCGGCCUCGAAAAAGAGGAACUGGAAUUUUGUCAGGAGCUACUCUCUACCAGUGCCCCUCACCCGGUGGACACGAUGCUAGAUGAUGCCUUCUUCCUAUCAUUCUCCAAAUUGACUCGUAACAAGUCUGAGCAGUGGCUCGUGAAGCACAUGCAUUCGCAUCUUUUUCCUUCACCAGAACUUUUAGCACUUCGCGGACACGAUGAAUUUAAAGGUCUUGGUCUCAUUGAAGGAUGUGGUGAUAACUGGUUACGAGCGAUUUUCCCGGCUUAUGGGAAGUGUCCGCAACCGGAUUGCACGAUAGCCUUCAAGUGGGAAAAUUUUUCGAGGGAAGAACUUCGGAAAUUAGGCAUCACCAUUGGGUUACCUUCCAAGUAUUUGGCCCGCGACGAUAUGUUCUUCCCGUUCAUCACAUGUGAAGCCAAAUGCGACAGCCAAGUCGUCGGACUCGCAGAUCGACAGAAUGUCUACAGUAUGAGCGUUGCUCUCGAGGGCGUCGUCGAUCUGUUCCGGAGAACGAACCGAUUGCAAGAGCUCAACGGCAAAGCUCUUGGGCUGUCGAUAUCUUACGACAAUGACACAGUGAAGAUGUAUGCCCACUAUGUGGUGACCAAUGCUCAGAAGCCGAGUGGCCAACCGUCCCAGCAGCCAGCCAAGAUGACCACGAUGAAAUAUUGGACAAGAAUUGGGCAAGUGUUCCUGAGUAACGACGGGGGCAAAGAUCGGUGGAAGCCAUACGAUUUCUUUUACAACGCAUGUCUCAAAUUCUCCCCCCGCCAUCUUAAGCGAAUCAAGGAAGCAAUUGCCCUCCUACGCGACCCGGCCGAAGCGUCAUCUCAAUCGGUCCCCUCCGUGGACGAAGAUGGUCAAGACCUGCAAGUUGGUCAAGACGUGAAAGUUGGAGAGGGCGUUUUCAAGAAACCCCGGAAUGAUGGUAUCAAUGGAGAACUUCGCAAACAGAUAGCUGGACUUGAGAAGCAAUUAGCGGCUAGCGACGCCCAUCAAGAUGAGGCCAGAAGCCGGGAGUCCGCUCUUCACGAUCAACUGGCAUACCUACGAGAUGAGGCCAGAACCCGCGAGUCCGCCCUUCACGAUCAACUGGAAAAACUACGAGAUGAGGCCAGAAUCCGCGAGUCCGCCCUUCACGAUCAACUGGAAAAACUACGAGAUGAGGCCAGAAUCCGCGAGUCCGCCCUACGAGAUGAGGCCAGAAGUCGGGAGUCCGCCCUUCAAGCACAACUGGGACGUGUGUUACAGCUACUGGAAACAAGGAGUAACUAG